UGAAUGAAAGAAAACAUCGGUUGAAUCUUGAAAUUGGUUAAAAUUUUUUGUAAAUAUUGAAGGAAUCCUAAUUAUUAAUGCUUUACAAUGAAUCCCAUGACCAAUGUUAAAAACGUUAUAAAGCUUAGUGAACGUGAGCUUGCAAGUAAUUCUAAAAGUUCAUGGCAUGAUCAAUACAAAGAUAGUGCUUGGAUAUUCAUAGGUGGCUUACCCUAUGAUUUAACAGAAGGAGAUGUUAUUUGUGUAUUUUCACAGUAUGGAGAAAUAGUGAAUAUUAAUCUUGUACGAGACAAAGCCACUGGCAAGUCAAGGGGGUUUGCUUUUAUUUGUUAUGAGGACCAAAGAUCUACAAUACUGGCUGUAGAUAAUUUAAAUGGCAUUAAGAUUCUAGGUAGAACAAUUCGUGUUGAUCACUGUGAACAAUACAAGGCUCCCAAUGCUGAUAUGAGUAAGGUGGACGAGGUGACUGCGGCCAUCAGGCAGACUGGUUGUGCACCAACUGUGGAACCCAUCAGACCACCAGAAGAAGCAGACAACACUGUCAGAGUGAAACAAGAAGUUGAUAAAAUAGUUAAGCAGGAGAAGCGAGUUAAAGAAAAGAAAAAGAAACAUAAGGAAAAGAGCAAGUCAAAAAAGAAAAAGAGGGAUAAGAAAUCAGAUACAGAUAGUAGUGAUAGUUCAUGAUAAAUAAAAUUAUACAAUUUAA